GGCCGACCGGCAGGCGUCGAAGUCGCCUCGGCCAAAAUGGCGGCCACUAUACGCUUGUGUUUCGUUUCUCUCCUCGCGACCGCACUCGCCCAGGAUUACUACACUUCCCGAGUCGGCUCAAAACUGCCCUCAUGCUACAACAACAGGCAACCGCAACGGUGCAUCCCCGAGUUCGAGAAUGCUGCCUUCAAUGUGCAGAUGGAGGCCACCAACACGUGCGGAGACAAUGGCGUCAAAAUGUACUGCUUGCAGACGUCGGCUGGCACGUCCACGAGAUCUUGCGACUACUGCCAGCCGGGCCUGUUCUCCAGCUACUACCUGACGGAUCUGCAUCACGAGACCGACAACCAGACCUGGUGGCAGUCGGAGACCAUGAAGGAGGGCAUCCAGUACCCAAACCAGGUCAACUUGACCUUGCAUUUGGGCAAAGCAUACGAUAUCACCUAUGUGAGGAUUGUGUUCUACUCGCCCAGGCCUCAGAGUUUCGCCAUCUAUAAGAAGACCAGCGAGGACAAGGACUGGGAACCAUUCCAGUACUUCAGUGCAUCAUGCCGAGACACGUACGGCGUGCAGGAGCAAAGGGCAGCGGAGACUGGUGCAGAGACCCGCGCUCUUUGCACCAGCGAGUAUUCCGACAUAUCACCCCUGUCGGGAGGAAACGUGCUGUUCUCAACCCUGGCGGGACGACCUUCGGCGUACACCUUCGAUAGCAGUCCCGAAUUACAGGAAUGGGUGACAGCGACCGAUCUCCGCAUCUCCCUCGACCGCCUGAACACUUUCGGAGACGAAAUCUUCGGCGACGUCCAAGUGCUUCAGUCGUAUUGGUACGCCAUUGCCGACGUGUCGGUCGGAGCCCGUUGUAAAUGCAACGGGCACGCGUCGGUCUGCGACACACAGGACCUGCCCGAUGGGACUAAGAUGAAGUCUUGCAGAUGCGAGCACAACACAGCAGGCCGCGACUGCGAGCGCUGCCUGGACUUUUACAACGACGCUCCGUGGGGUCGCGCGUCGCCUACCAACGUGCACGAGUGCAAAGCGUGCAACUGCAACGGGUUUUCGAACAAGUGCUACUUCGACAAGGAGUUAUACGAACGCACCGGCCACGGCGGCCAUUGCAUCGACUGUGCAGAGAACAGGGACGGACCCAACUGUGAAAGAUGCAAGGAGAACUUCUACCAGGGCUAUGGUGACAUCUGUCUGCCCUGUAACUGCAACCCCACUGGAUCCCGCAGCCUCCAAUGUAACGCGGAAGGCCGGUGCCAGUGCAAGCCUGGCGUGACGGGCGACAAGUGUGAUGCUUGUGCACCAAACCACUACGAGUUCACCACCAUGGGCUGCAAGCCUUGCGGCUGCGAGGAGGCUGGAUCCUACGCCAACUCGCCGCAGUGCAACCCUGACACUGGCGUGUGUGUCUGCAAGCAGAACGUCGAGGGGAAACGGUGUAGAGAAUGCAAACCAGGCUUCUUCAACCUGGACAUCAACAACGAGUUCGGCUGUACGCCGUGUUUCUGCUUCGGCCACUCCUCUCAGUGUAGCUCGGCGCCCAAGUACCAAGCGCACGAGUUGAGCGCGCACUUUAUAAGAGACUCUGAGCGGUGGGGAGCAGAAGACGACCAGCGGAGGCCGGCGCCGCUCAUGUUCAACGCCAACACGCAGAAUAUAGCCGUGCAAUCAAAUGGUCCCGAAAUAAUCUACUUCUUAGCAUCGCACCAGUUCCUCGGAGACCAAAGACCCUCAUACAACCACGACCUCAAGUUCACUCUUCGCCUCGGCGAAGCUCGCGGUUACCCGUCAGCUCAGGACAUCAUACUAGAAGGAGCUAGAUCCUCCAUAUCCAUGAACAUCUAUGGGCAGAACAAUCCAGAACCUUCUGACCAGUCUCAAGAAUAUAGCUUCCGCUUGCAUGAAGAUCCUCGGUAUGGAUGGACUCCCACGCUCUCCAACUUUGAAUUUAUGUCGAUCCUGCAAAACUUGACCGCCAUCAAGAUCCGUGGCAACUACAACAAGGGGGGCACAGGUUACCUCAUGAACUUCAAGUUGGACACUGCCAAAGUGGGAAGGGAGAGGGGAUUCGCCCCCGCUAACUGGGUGGAGAAGUGCUCGUGCCCGAAGGCCUACGUGGGAGAUUAUUGUGAGGAGUGUGCCCCAGGGUUCAAGCAUGAGCCCGCUAAUGGAGGCCCGUACUCCGCUUGCAUUCCUUGCGACUGUAACGGACACGCGCACAUCUGUGACACUGCUACUGGGUUCUGUAUCUGCAAACACAACACAACCGGCAGUAACUGCGAGCUCUGUGCCAAAGGCUUCUACGGAAAUGCCAUCGCUGGUACCGCUGAAGACUGCAAGCCCUGCCCCUGCCCUAAGGACAGUGGGUGUAUCCAACUCAUGGAUUCCAGUAUCGUGUGCACUGACUGUCCUGAGGGAUACGCUGGACCGAGAUGCGAAGUGUGUGCGGACGGACACUUCGGCGAUCCAACUGGCCAGUUCGGACCGGCGCAGGAGUGCCAGGAGUGCCAGUGCAAUGGAAAUGUUGAUCCUAACGCGGUGGGCAACUGCGACCGGACUACAGGGGAGUGUCUGAAGUGCAUCUACAACACCGCCGGGGACCACUGCGACAAGUGCUUGAGCGGAUUCUACGGAGACGCCCUCGACCAGAAGAACAAAGGAGACUGCAAGCCUUGCGAGUGCCACGAAGCGGGCACCCAAGAGAGCCCUGAGGGACCCCCUAUGUGUGACGGCCUCACUGGCUACUGCUCCUGCCGCCCGCAUGUCAUUGGCAGGAACUGCGACAAGUGCGAGGACGGCUACUACAACAUUGACUCAGGAGAGGGAUGCAUUCCUUGCGACUGCCACCUGGAGGGCUCGUACAACGCCACCUGCAACCCAUACACCGGCCAGUGCUACUGCAAGCCGGGCAUUGAUGGCAAGCACUGCGACCAUUGCCGCGCGUACCACUACGGCUUCUCAGGCACGGGUUGCCUGGACUGCGACUGCGACGACUGGGGCUCCACCAACUACCAGUGCGACGUGGCCGGCCAGUGCUCCUGCCAGGAGAAUGUCGAGGGCCGCCGCUGUGACAGAUGUAUGGAGAACAAAAAACGGCGCGCCGACGGGCAGGGCUGCGAAGACUGCCCGCCCUGCUACAACCUGGUACAGGACGCCGUCAACGACCACCGCAAGGAGCUCAAACAAUUGGACGAGAUCCUGGCGAAGAUAUCCAAGACACCAACAGUGGUCGAGAACCAGGACUUCGACAACGAGCUGCAGCGAGUGCGCGGCGAGAUCGAGCGCCUCAUACAGGAUGCGCAGACGCAGCUGGGCGCAGGACCCGGGGCCAGCCUCACGGAGAACCUCUCGGAACUCGCCGACAGGCUCGCGGAUGUAAGGUAAGUGUGUACAGCAGUGC